AUGUCUGAUCAGACAGCAGAAGCAGCGCCUGCUCCUGCUGCACUCUUUUCACAGCCUCAGGACACACCAGCUGCGACCACAAAUGGAGAAUCCAGUACCACCAAGCCUGCCGAGGAUGGCGCGCCAAAGAAGCUUUCUCCGGCAGAGCUAAAGAAGCAAAAGCAGGCAGAGAAGCAGGCACGGAGAGCGCAGCAAAAAGGGCCAGCGGGGCCUUCAAAAGAGCAGGGGUCGUCUAAGGAUGGACAGAAGCAAACGAAGGAGUCCAAACAAGGUGCGAAGAAUGAUCAAGCGAGGCCUAUGCCAAUUCGGAGAAGACCGUCUCAGUCAAACGUGCCGGUUCAGAAAGAACUCAAGAAGGAGAGCAAGAGAGAGUCAAGACAAGCUGGCAUUGGGUUGUUUUUCGGACAUUUGUACAGUCAACCAAAACAACAGUCGAUGACUGGAGCUUCAAAAGACGUGCACCCGGCAGUCCUUUCUUUGGGACUUCAGUACAGCAGCUACACAAUCUGUGGCAGUACUGCUCGUAUGGUGGCGAUGCUUCUGUCCUUCAAAGCCGUGAUCGAAUCAUAUCAUACACCACCAGGUACCAGUCUCGCGCGGCAUCUGACGAAUCACCACCUGAGCCCACAAAUCGAAUACCUCAGAAGCUGCAGACCGCUCAGUAUCAGCAUGGGAAAUGCCAUCCGAUGGUUGAAGGACGUCAUCAUCAAGAUCGACCCCUCUACUCCAGAAGCAGAGGCAAAGCGAGACCUGUUGGAGGAGAUUGAUGUCUUCAUUCGCGAGCGCGUGACAGCAGCUGACAGGCUUAUCCGUGAUCUCGCCGCCACAAAGAUUGAGCCAGGGGAUGUUAUCCUAACAUACGCAUCGAGCUCUAUCGUCGAGCAAGCCAUCCUACACGCCCACAAAGCCGGCACUCCGUUCUCCGUCAUCGUCGUCGACUCGAAACCACUAUUCGAGGGCAAGCAGCUAGCUCGCAAACUCGCCAACGCCGGCGUCAAAGUACGCUACUACCUCAUCACUGGCGCGUCCCACGCCAUCAAGGACGCGAGCAAGGUUUUCCUCGGCGCGCACGCAAUGAUGUCCAACGGUCGUUUAUACUCCCGCGUCGGCACAGCCAGCGUAUCGAUGCUCGCAAGCGCGCACUCCCUCCCCGUUAUUGUGCUCUGUCAGUCCGUAAAGUUCACUGAGAAAGUCGCACUCGACUCCAUCGUCGGCAACGAAGUCGCACCUGCCGAGGAACUGCUCUCUGAAGCCGAGCGCCGACAGUUGCUCCCACUCAAAUCAAUGCUGCCGAGCAGGAACGCAAACAGAAGUGACGAUAAGGCUGCGUCCGGAGAGGAAGAGAAGCCAGACACCUCGGAUGUGUUGAGAUGGAUCGAGGAAUCGAAGAGUUUGCAUCACCUCCAGGUUCUGUACGAUGUCACGCCUGCGAAGUACAUCGACAUGGUCAUCACCGAGUACGGCGGCCUGCCGCCGAGCUCUGUGCCCGUCGUUCAUCGAUUAAGGAAUGAGGACUAG